AUGAGCUGCCACGGAUGCCUUAAAAGCAUUAAAGGUGAAAAAUCAAUAAUUUGCACAUCUCCGAAUUGCGGCAAAAAGUUUCAUACUUUUUGUGCCACAAGUGUACAUCUUACCCAGGAACAGACAAAAAAGUGGAUCUGCCCUGAAUGCAUUGCACAGGCAAAGAAAGGAGGAGAUAACACCCACACACCCAUACGGGCAGCUGAAAAUGUUACUAUGCGUAAAAAAACGAAUAAUUCUGCUAGUUUUCCACUAUCAAUACCUGGGAAUGACGUGAUUGACGUAAGGCCUGAUUUAGACGACAGCAUGCGAGCGCUAUUGGUGGAAUUCGGAAACCUGCGCCAAGACAUGGCAAAGUUUCAAGCCGAUAUUGUCAGCAAAGUUAAUGAAAUGACGGCUAAGAUCUCAAGCUAUGACUCCAUUAUUAAACAGUUUGAAGACAAAGAGAAGGAAAACAUCGCUCUUAAACUACAGAUAUCUCAGUUGCAAGAGCAAGUUAACAAACGAUCCGAGGAAGCGUUAAGAUCGGACUUGGAGAUCCUGGGUUUGUUUGAGACUCCUAACGAAAAUCCCAUCCAUUUAGUGCUUAAUACAGCAAUAAAAAUUGGAGUCAAACUAGAGGACUACGACAUUGACUAUGCAUCUCGUGCAGGGCCUCGCAACAAAAAAGACUCAAAAGAAGGGAAACAAUUACCUAGACCUCUAAUUGUAUCUUUCACUCGUAAAAUAAAACGAGCCGAGUUUUUAAAGCAAGCCAAGUCCCGUAGAACAUUAGAAAGCAGGGAGAUCAUCGGAGAAGGACCGGAAAGGAAAAUAUAUGUGAACGAAAGGCUCACUGCUGAAAAGCGGUGGCUAUUUCGUACUUCUUGAACCUGGAUUAAAGAAAAUAAUUAUAAAUAUUGUUGGCUCCGAAACGGGUAUAUUUAUAUAAGAAAAACUGAUGGAAACCCUCCAAUUCAAAUCAAAUGCCAUGAAGACCUGCAAAAGAUCUCCAAUGAGAAGAAACCAAUUUGACUCCAACUUAACCCUUUCGAUUGUAUGUCAAAUGAAAUUAAGCUAUCAAUGUUUUGCAUUUUUUGUACUAAUACCUUUUUUAUAUUUUUUAUAUUUAAAAUUUAAAAUUAGAUUUGUUAUAUUUAAAAAUUGCUUCUGUUUGCACGCGAAACUAUAUAUAUAUGGCUUGCGUUCUUGGUUCUUUACAUGUAUAGGAUUCAUUGCUGUCAUUCGCAUUGCUUGCAACAAUUUUUGCUAC